AUAAAAUAUCCUGGAGAAAUUCCAGCGGGAUCGGCAGGUACCGACAGCUUGCCGUAUUCGACAUGUCUGGUAAUCUUCUUACGGGCACAGUUCCUAGUGAAAUAGGAAUGCUUCAAAACUUACAACUGUUGCACUUGCAUCAAAACCGGCUCCGAGGCCUAGUUCCAAACUCCAUUGGCAAUCUCACCGAGCUAAACGAACUUGUAUUGAAUGAUAACAGAUUCGAAGGAAGUGUACCCAUGGCCAUUGAAAAUUUAUCAAGUUUGAGCCUUUUAGACCUUUCAAGAAACAAGCUCAACGGUACAAUACCUGGAACAGCAAUCAGCAAGCUUCAUUCGCUAACACAGGGCCUCAAUUUGUCGUCCAACUUGCUGACAGGAUCAUUACCGAUGCAAAUUGACAGCUUGAUCAAUCUCGUAGCUCUUGAUGUUUCCGAAAAUAGAUUGUCUGGAGAAAUUCCCAGCUCUCUUGGUGCAUGUCAGCUUUUAGGACGCCUUUUUAUGCAGGGAAAUUACUUCGAAGGAAACAUUCCAUUGGCGCUCAGCAGAUUGGCGGGAAUAGAAGAGCUUGAUCUCUCACACAACAACUUAUCUGGUCCAAUUCCAGAAUUCCUUGGGGGAUUUCGACUUCUGCAUAAUCUGAAUUUGUCAUUCAAUGAUUUCCAAGGUCCUUUGCCAGAUCAGGGAGUCUUUCGAAAUGCAAGCGCUUUAUCAGUCACAGGAAAUAACAAGCUGUGUGGGGGUGAUCCUCAGUUCCAUCUGCAGCAAUGUGACGCUGUUGAUGGAGCGACUCAUAGAUCAUCACAUCACAAAGUUAUCAUUCCUGUUGUUGUAGCUUGCACACUGGCAAUUUUAUUAUGUGCAGCUUAUUACAUUCGAAGGCGAGGAAUGAAACCAAAUCCUCCAAACCCUUCUUUGAAGGAGUCGUUCCUCCAAAUUUCUUACGCAGAAAUACAGAAAGCAACUGCUGGAUUCUCAGCAUCCAGUCUCAUCGGUGCAGGAAGUUUCGGAUCUGUGUACAAGGGAGUCAUGGAUUCUGACCCAAAUCAGGUUGUAGCUAUUAAGGUCCUCAACCUUGAGCAACAAGGAGCUUAUAAGAGUUUCAUGGCUGAAUGUGAUUCAUUGAGGGUUAUUAGGCACCGCAAUCUCAUCAACAUUGUCACCAUCUGUUCAAGCAUUGAUCACAAUGGCAAUGACUUCAAAGCUUUGAUCUUCGAGUACAUGCCAAAUGGGAGUUUGGAUGACUUGCUGCAUCCACAAGCAGAGCUCAAUGAAGGGAGUCACGGCACAAACUCCAAACAUUUGAGCCUUGUUCAGAGAUUGAACAUAGUAGUAGAUGUUGCCUUGGCGCUGGAUUACCUUCAUCACCAGUGUCAAACACCGAUUGUGCACUGUGAUCUGAAGCCGAGCAAUGUUCUCCUUGGCUAUGACAUGACUGCCCGAGUAUGUGACUUCGGUUUAUCAAGGUUUCUGCAUAGAACAAUCAGUUCGUCUUCAGAAACAAACAGUACUAUCGGACUCAAAGGGUCCAUUGGAUAUAUACCUCCAGAAUAUGGGAUGGGAGGCACUGCCAGCACGCAAGGGGAUGUCUACAGUUUCGGAGUGCUACUGCUUGAAACGUUUACUGGAAAGAGACCUACUGAUAAGAUGUUUCAAAACGAUUUAAACCUUCAUAAAUAUGUGGAAAUGGCAUAUCCUGAUCAACUCUUAGACAUAAUAGAUCCAUCUGUCGAGCGAAUAGUCAAAGAUGUAAGGGGCAAUUAUGCCGCAUUAAACACAACUGAACAAGAACUGAUUCAUGAGGGCGUGCUCUCAAUUUUCAGAAUUGGUCUUCUGUGUUCUCAAGCAUCUCCGAAUGAGAGAAUAGAGAUGGGAGAUGUUAUAAACGAGUUAAUUCUUGUGAAGAAGACAUUUGAUGGAUUGGAACCGAAAGCUGAGACAAGCAAUUGAAGCGGCAACUAGAACUACCACUUUACUGUGGCAUCAAAGUGAUGAUAGAUAGACUGAAGGUUAUUUAAGUUCAGUCAUACCUGAGACAAACACAGAUAAGAUUGCUUCAAUUCUUUUUAUUUUUGUUAAAUGUAAAUAAUAUUUGCUUUGAGCUUAUUGUGACACUGAAGAGUUCCCAACUGGAAAUAAACUGGUUUCUGACGAGCAAUUGCAGUGA